GCGAAAGGAAUACAAGGUCGACAUGUCCGCAUGCGUGUCUUGGUCUUUCCAUCCUCACCUGGUCCAUAUCGUUUUGAAGGCGCCGCGCCUCCGGACACAUUUUCACGACAAAACUCGCUCGGCCGGGUCAGCAGCAUCGAGCCUUCUUCGAUCCAGCCUUACCGCCGCCAACAUGCACGACAUGAGUAUGACCAUGUCGACUUCGAGUUCGCCGACAAUGACCAUGUCAGGAAUGGCAAUGGGCAGCUCAACAUCAUCAUCGAUGCCGAUGUCAGGACAUCACGGCACGAUGAUGGGCAUGGACGCAAUGGCCAUGACCUUCUUCACCUCCACCGGAACGCCACUCUUCUCCAUGCCGUGGACUCCAAUGACCACCGGCCAAUAUGCAGGCACUUGCAUAUUCCUCAUCGCCCUGGCCGCCAUCUGUCGAGGCUUGCUGGCCAUCCGAGCACACAUCUUCGACAUCUUCGCAUCGCUGAAGCGCGGGCGGUACGAGAAGCCCGGGUUCGCGCCGCAUAUCGCUGCUGAUGGCCCCGCUCGACCGUGGAGGGCUUCGGAGGCGGUGGUCGUUGGGACGAUGGACACCAUCAUUGCCGGCGUCGGAUAUCUCUUGAUGAUUGCGGUGAUGACGAUGAACGUGGGCUACUUCCUCUCAGUACUCGCCGGCGUCUUCCUCGGCAGCGUCGUGUGUGGGCGGUUCAUCGCGAGCUUUGGUAGCCACUGACGCACCCGUGGGAGUAACGAGACGUCACAUGUGGGCAUGAUAACGAAAGGUCGGACGCAGGGGAAUACACUUAACAGACAGUGCAUGCAUCGUGGCCGAGACCUCGUUGAUGGGUCCUGUUCAGUGCCAUUCGUGCUGGGACAGCAUGUUGAAGGUCGCAUCGCAUGUCGGCCUUGGUGCUAGCGGCAAGGACGGUCCUUUAAUCGAGGGGUACAUGUACGCACCAAAUUGUAUCAGACCAGAUCACGACUGGCGUCCGCCCUUU